GGCCGCCGCGGGGUUUGGCGCUCUGUUGUCCGAAGCUGGGGACAAGAAGACGGGGAAGAUCAGUGAAGUGAACCCGACGCUCGGACAGAAAGUGAAAGGCAGCGCGGUGGGCGGGAAGCCACCGGCGGCAAUAAUCCCUGGACAUGUCUCAGUAUGUACUGUUUUGGAAGUAACAUUCUAUACGUAUAAGCUGGAUGCUGAAGAGCCAUCAAGCUAUCUCAAGAGGAACAAGGACCAGUGCUGGUUAAACUAUCCUACAGCAGAAUCUUUUUCAUUACAAGAGUACCCGGGGUGGUUCCACUUACCUUUACUACUGGUUUGCAACGGGAGCAUGCACACGUGCUCUUCUGCUCAUGCACAGAUCACCCAUGAUGACGUCGUGGCGGUUAUAACUAUGGGUCAGACUGGAAAGAAAUCUGAGAAAGGACCAAUUUGUUGGAGGAAGCGUGUAAAAUCAGAAUAUAUGAGGCUUAGACAGCUCAAGAGGUUCAGGCGAGCAGAUGAAGUAAAGAGCAUGUUUAAUUAUAAUCGUCAGAAGAUACAAGAAAGAACAGAAAUCUUAAAUCAAGAAUGGAAACAACGCCGGAUACAACCUGUACACAUCAUGACUUCUGUGAGCUCAUUGCGUGGGACCAGGGAGUGUUCUGUCAGCAGUGAUUUAGACUUUCCAAAGCAAGUUAUUCCUCUCAAAACUCUGAAUGCUGUUGCCUCAGUUCCCAUAAUGUAUUCUUGGUCACCCCUUCAACAAAAUUUUAUGGUAGAGGAUGAGACAGUUUUACAUAACAUUCCUUAUAUGGGUGAUGAAGUUCUUGAUCAGGAUGGAACAUUUAUUGAAGAAUUAAUCAAAAAUUAUGAUGGAAAGGUACAUGGAGAUAGGGAGUGUGGAUUUAUCAAUGAUGAAAUAUUUGUAGAGUUAGUCAAUGCACUUGGUCAGUACAGUGAUAAUGACGACGAUGAUGACGAUGAUGACGACGAUGACGAUGAUGACAAUCUUGAUGAGAGAAAUGAAAAACAGAAAGCUGGGGAGAUCAACAGAAUGGAGAAAGAGAGUCAUCCACCUCGGAAGUUUCCUUCUGAUAAGAUAUUUGAAGCCAUUUCUUCAAUGUUUCCUGAUAAGGGUACAGCAGAAGAAUUGAAAGAAAAAUACAAAGAACUUACUGAACAGCAGCUUCCAGGAGCUCUUCCUCCUGAGUGUACACCAAACAUAGAUGGACCAAAUGCGAAAUCUGUUCAGAGGGAGCAGAGUCUACACUCUUUUCAUACUCUUUUUUGUAGACGGUGUUUCAAAUAUGAUUGUUUUUUACAUCCAUUCCAUGCGACUCCUAAUACUUACAAACGGAAAAAUACAGAAACUGCAAUAGAUAAUAAGCCUUGUGGGCCACAUUGUUAUCAACAUCUGGAAGGAGCUAAAGAGUUUGCUGCUGCUUUGACUGCUGAGAGAAUAAAAACACCACCAAAGCGCCCAGGAGGUCGCCGAAGGGGAAGGCUUCCAAAUAAUACUAGUAGGCCCAGCACACCAACCAUAAAUGUGCUAGAAUCAAAGGAUACAGACAGUGACAGAGAAGCUGGAACUGAAACUGGAGGCGAAAAUAAUGAUAAAGAAGAAGAAGAGAAAAAAGAUGAGACUUCCAGCUCUUCUGAAGCAAAUUCUAGGUGUCAAACACCAAUCAAGAUGAAGCCAAAUAUAGAGCCUCCAGAAAAUGUUGAAUGGAGUGGUGCUGAAGCUUCUAUGUUCAGGGUUCUCAUUGGUACCUACUAUGACAAUUUCUGUGCAAUAGCCAGGUUAAUUGGGACCAAAACAUGCAGACAGGUAUAUGAGUUUAGAGUAAAGGAAUCUAGUAUUAUUGCUCCAGCACCUGCUGAAGAUGUUGAUACUCCUCCAAGAAAGAAAAAAAGGAAACACAGACUAUGGGCUGCUCAUUGCAGAAAGAUACAGCUAAAGAAGGAUGGAUCAUCUAAUCAUGUUUACAACUACCAGCCAUGUGAUCAUCCACGCCAGCCUUGUGACAAUUCAUGCCCGUGUGUCAUUGCACAGAACUUUUGUGAGAAGUUCUGUCAGUGCAGUUCAGAAUGCCAAAAUAGAUUUCCUGGAUGCCGUUGUAAAGCACAAUGCAAUACAAAGCAGUGUCCUUGCUACUUGGCUGUACGUGAGUGUGAUCCAGAUCUCUGUUUGACAUGUGGAGCAGCUGAUCAUUGGGAUAGCAAAAACGUGUCUUGCAAGAACUGCAGCAUUCAACGAGGGUCCAAAAAGCAUCUGCUGCUAGCACCUUCUGAUGUGGCAGGCUGGGGGAUUUUCAUUAAGGAUCCAGUGCAGAAAAAUGAAUUCAUCUCUGAAUAUUGUGGCGAGAUUAUUUCUCAGGAUGAAGCAGACAGAAGAGGGAAAGUCUAUGAUAAAUACAUGUGCAGCUUUCUAUUCAAUUUGAACAACGAUUUUGUGGUUGAUGCAACACGGAAGGGUAACAAAAUAAGAUUUGCAAACCAUUCAGUCAAUCCCAACUGCUAUGCAAAAGUUAUGAUGGUUAAUGGAGAUCAUAGAAUAGGCAUAUUUGCUAAGAGAGCCAUUCAGACUGGUGAAGAGCUCUUUUUUGAUUACAGAUAUAGUCAGGCUGACGCCCUCAAGUAUGUAGGCAUUGAAAGAGAAAUGGAAAUCCCUUGAUACCAACUACCUCGCCUAUAAAACAGCUGCCUUAUCUUCAGGAGUUUCUACUAUGGGCAAUUUUAUUUUUAAAAACUGAAUUGAUGCAAUUUGGAAUGCAAAAUUUGCAAAGUACUGUACCUGUAAUUUAUAUUGACAGAUUUUAAAACCAACUUUUUAAUGCCUUUUCACCAGCUGCAACAUGUUUUGUACCAUUGAUCUUUUGCAAUAAUGCAGUAUGGUACACUUUUUGAACCUUGAAUAAAGGAUACUUGAACUUUGAAUUCAUAUUGUAUGUUGCCAUCUUUAAAUAAAGGCUUGCCUGAAUGUAUAAAUGUAAAAAUAUUUGAAAGUGUAUUUUUUAACAUGAGAAAUCUGCUAUAAAUAAUUUUAACAAAAUAAUUUUAACAAAACUUGAAUCAAAAAUACCUGUGAAAAAAUUAAUAUUUUAUUGAUCCCAUAAAGAUCACCUUACCACAAGAGCAGUUUUAAUGUUUGUCCAAAUUAGUUUGCAUGCUCAUCGUCUUUACAGUGAAUCUUACCAACACAUGACGUGACAAGGGAUGUUUUUACAACUAGUUUAUCAGAGCCUGACAUGCUUGAUUUGGGCUGAGAAAGGACUGUUGAUCCAAGGUUAGCUCUCUGGCUUCUAUGCCUAGCCUUCUAUAACUAGAACCUGCUUUUAGCUCAGUAUCUUAAUCAUUAUGUCCUCCUAACUUUUUUUUAUAUCAAGAAUUGCAUGUUGUUAAACUUAUUUUCUUUUGUCCUAGUGAACUUUAUUCAUCUUUUUACAGUGAACUAUAAAAAGGUCUAUAAAUAUAGCAUGUGUGCUCAUCAUGGCUGCUUCUGCUCUCCCCUCGCUCUUCAAAAUGCUGUAGAAAAAAAUCCUUAUAAUUAAUAACAGCAGAAGCCAUCUCGGAAUAGUAUUGAAAUGUGUAUAAUUUACAUAAGAACAGAAUCCCUAAUGAAUAAGUCUGCAGAUUGUGCCCAUGUUAGAACCAAUAUUCCCACUAUUUUAGAUGUUAAAUAUGAGCACACAUAAUAUAAUUUUCUGUCACCAAGAGUACUAUUUAGCAAUAAAGUGUAGAUGAAAUAUUCUUACAUGUGGGAUACAGGUAGUCCUCAACUUACUUAUAAGCAAGUUUGAACUUAUACGUUUGAACUUAUAACAGCACACUGAAAAAAAUGACAAAUACUUUUUUUAAUACUUAACCAUUGCGACAUCACCAUGGUCACAUGAUCAAAAUUGGCAACUGACUCAUGGUUCGUGUCCCAGGGUCUUAUGUUUCUGUAACCUAACAAAAAAGUCAGUGGGGAAGCCAGAUUCACUUAAUACCUGUGUUACUAACUUAACUGCAGUGACUUGCUUAAUAACGGACAAGAAGAGUUGUAAAAUUGGGCAAAAUUAACUUAACAAAUGUCCCAUUUAGCAACAGAAAUGUUUGGCUCAAUGACUGUAAACUGAGAAUUACUUGUACUUAAUUUUUCCUUCCCUCUGUUUCAAAGGAAACGGAUCAAGACCGAUUUGAGCUUUGUGAAGUUUUACUUGGUGGCACU